UUGUCCACUGGUCAUCCGCACUCCCAACUAUCAUCAUACCUCUCCUUCAUUCUUCAUCAAACAAAAACUUCUAAAAGCGAGAGAUCACUUAGAUGAGAGCCAUGGGUUCAGCAAGAGUUUCAGCUCUUCUCUUCAUUUGCAUGCUUUUCAUUUCAUCACUUACUCCUAUUCUUGGUUGUGACUGUCCUCCUGGUAACAAACCACCACACAAGAAACCUAAGACACCCAAGAAGAAGACUCCCAGUUACAAACCUCCCAGUCAUGGUAAUCCACCAGUAUCACACCCACCAAAAGUUAAACCACCAGUCACACUUCCUCCUAUUGUGAACCCACCAGUUACAAUCCCACCAGUCGUGAAACCUCCAAUUACAAUCCCACCAGUUGUUAAACCUCCAAUCACUAUCCCACCUGUUGUUGGUCCACCCGUAACUCUGCCUCCUGUUGUUAAUCCACCAGUAACAAUCCCACCAUAUGUUAAACCACCAAAGACUGUUGUACCUUGUCCACCACCUCCAGUGAAACCAGCUAGUUGCCCUAUUGACACUCUUAAGCUCGGUGCUUGUGUAGAUCUUCUCGGUGGGCUGGUUCACAUCGGUCUUGGAGAUCCUGCUGUUAAUGAAUGUUGCCCUGUGCUUUCAGGACUUGUUGAACUUGAAGCUGCUGUUUGCUUGUGUACUACCUUGAAGGUCAAGCUUCUUAACUUGAAUAUCUUUGUUCCUCUUGCACAACAACUUCUUGCUACUUGUGGAAAGACUCCUCCUCCUGGCUACACCUGUUCUAUCUAGACUCAGGUUGCUAGAUUUGAAUGAUCAAGAUGAUGAUGAUGAAUGGACAUGAGAGGAUGUCUGAUAGUAGCAGUGCUGAUGAAGUUUUUACGCAAUUUGUCUUUAAGUUUUAAAUUAUUUCCUUGUUGAUUGGUACUAUUAAUGAUGUUUGGUUUCAUCGUUGUACACAUUUUCUUGUUUCCUUGUCAUUGUACAUGUUGAACGUGAAUUUGUGGUAGUAAAGCAACAGUAAGAAAAAGAAGAUGCUUUCUUAUAGCAUCUUUUGUUUUUUUACCAAAAAGUGUCAUUUGCAUUAUUCUCCAUUUCCAUGUGGUCAGCUGAACAAUUAUGUUUGUUUCUUUGAUUUGUAAAAGGAGGAAAAGAAAAAGUUUAAGCAAAACA